AUGACAAAGAAAUGCUUACACCAUGAGAACGAGUUUUAUCAAAGCUGGAUAAAAACGAGCGACCAAUACUUGUCGAAUAAUUUCAAUCUUUUGGAUCCACCAGAAUAUUUGUCAUGCUUGACGGUUUGUAAAAAUAUUAAUAAUAAAAUCAAACGGAAAAGGAGACCAAGAAAGACGAUAAAUGAGUGUGGUCGAACGUCAACUCCAGUUCAGCGGGGUUCCGAUUCGGCAUUUUCUCUCUCCCCUGUAAUUACCGAAAUUUCAAAUGGCUUUGAUAGUAGCCUAUCUGGUGACAUCUCACUCGAAGAACCGAUCGUAAUGAAUCGAAGUCAUACUUAUGUCAAUGUGUUAAAUAGCGAAAUUACGCAAUUUGAGGACAUCACACAAGUUGAAAAGAUUUUGGCGACAGCGUUAAGUAUUACUAAUGUUUGAAUUAUAUCUCUAUUUCCAUAACAGAGUUGUAUUUUUUAGAAGUCUUCUAUUGGAAACUAAAUGAGCGAACAUUGUUAUAGUACUAGUAAUUCAAAAGGAAUCAUGCUUAAAGGCUUACAGACUGUUCCAAC